AUCAGAACCACAGCCGAAGCAGGCGCACAACGCAGCCGUGCCAACAUUUAAGCCACAGUAACAUCGAGCUCUGCAUGUUUUAAGUAAAGUAAGUUUAGGUAAACACGGUUUAGGCAACGCAAACGAGAAAUACAACUUUAAACGUUAACGUUAAAUACCUUCCGCAAGUUCACGACUGGAGCUGCUACGUCCGUUUGUUUACCGGAUGUCCUCCACAUCAGUAGAUGGCGCUGAGUGGCUGAGUGUCUAUUUUUAAAGAGCGUACUGAAAUCAUACGAGGUGAAGGACCAGCAGUUCGCAGCUGAUAAGCUCCUGUGUGCAGACACAGCUCAAGGCCAAAUGGCCGCCUCAUCUUCAUCCUCCUCAGCAGGAGGCGUGAGCGGCAGCUCUGUUACCGGAUCUGGCUUCAGCGCCUCAGAGCUCAUUCCUCCAAGAAAAGUCCUCUACACGUACCCUAAAGGAGCCGGAGAGAUGAUGGAAGAUGGCUCAGACAGAUUUCUGUGUGAAUCGGUAUUCAGUUACCAAGUGGCAUCAACUUUAAAACAAGUGAAGCAUGAUCAGCAAGUAUCUCGUAUGGAGAAACUGGCCAGCCUGGUGGAGGAGUUGGAAGCCGACGAGUGGAAAUAUAAACCUAUUGAACAGUUACUUGGCUUCACUACUUCAUAACUAAAUGCAUAUCCAAGCUUGUGUGAAUUUGUCUGUUGUAUUUUUAUUUAAUUUUUUUUUUACUUAAGCAAAUUCAGAAAGCUUUUCAUACCUUGUGUUUAUACACAUUUUUCACUUUUCAAUUCAACAUAGUACUGUAGCUAUGCUGUGUAUAACUAUGGUCUUAAAUUACACAGACAAAUUUUUAAUACAGUAAAUGUAAUUAUGGAAAUAAAGUUUUAAUCUAACUUAUAUGAUCAAAA